AUGAGCACAAUCGUAACUCGCGCAGAGGCACGCCGGAGGAUGGAGGCCGCAAAGGAUCCCGAAGGACUUGGAAGGGGGCAAGGAUGGUCGGGAGUGGGCAGCCAGCCAGGCACCCGGCCUACCCGAACCUCCCGCCAAGUUCUGAAGGAUCCAACGCCGCCUGAGCCCGAGCCGACCGUAUCGUCAGACAGCGAGGUCGAGAUGAUUGACGACCCACGGGAGGAGGCCAGGAGGUGGCGUCUGGGAAGAGCAGCAGGCAGGAGCGACAACUCGAUCCCGGUUGGGAUAGUGGAGGUUCCAGAUGGACCGUCUGGGCCUGCGAGGGCCAACGCCACGACGAGGGCCGACAUGGCUUUAGGGCUGUGUCGGACCCUCUGGAACGAGGGGACGCCGAUCCCUCAUCAAGCAGGAGCUGGCCGAAGGAGGUGGGAGCGGCAUCUGGAAGAGCUUCGACAGGUCACGGCCCGCUAUAAAGAGUUGAAGCAGAAAAUAGCGGACGAAGAAAAGGAUCGUGAGGCUCGCGCCAGCUGGGAGGCGAGACUGGAGAAGGCGGAGCAAGAGGAGCGGGCAUUGUGGGAGAGCCCCGAGAUGAUAAGGGAGGUGCCGCUGCCAACGCCAGGCAUGGUCGUGCCCCCAACUCCCAGGCACUGGGUGGAGGAGAUAGAGGAAGGGGAGCGGACGCCAGAGUCCAAACCAGAGUCGCCUGAGUGGAUGCCGGAGCGGCCGCCGACGCCAGGAGGGCUUUGGGAUGUCGAACCCAGCUGGGAUGCCACGCCCUCACCCCCUCGGUGGGUGCCAGCGCGACCACCAACGCCGCAUCCAGGGAAAGAAGAGGCGGCAGAGGAUCGGCCGGCGGCUGGUAGGCCGCCGUCGCCAAUGGAGCAGCAGGCACCGGAGGAGGCACCCGCGAGUGUGGGACCGUUGCGGCCCGAGUGGCGGGCCGAUAUUCCAGAGGCGAGGGUCUCACACUCCCUUAAGGAAUACGUGGAGGAGGGGGUGCGGUGGUGCCAACACACCGUGGAGUGGAGGUGGCCCACGGGAGCGACGCCGAGGAUGGAGGAAUCCCCAGAGGAGGCCGAGGCAGCGCCGGAGGAGGUGGAAGAGGAGCCCGAGGAGGAGCCCGAACCGUGGGAAAGGGGGCCUUGGUUGUGGCCCGAGGUGGCCGCCGUGAAAUCGAGGCCCGGCUUCAAACGCCAAGCGUCCUUGCCCGUGGCCAGGGCUGGACCACCGGAAUGGCGACGGCAGGUGUCGGUGCCGGACGAGCGGAGAUGGCUGGAGGUGCCAAGGACGCAGUGGCCCGCGGAAAUCGAGGCAUGCGGAGCCGUCGAAGCCGCACGGAGACGCGGUGGUCGGCGCUGCGUGAUGGUGCAGCGGGGGGCGGAGAAGUUCCGGGUCCGAGUGGGGCCGGGAGGCAUAAGGGUAUAUACCCAGUAG